AUUUUCAGAAUUUCCACCAAGAAUGCAAUUUAAUUUCCAAAGCCCGUUGCCUAUUGAAACACUUCACAGUGACAUCUUCAACCUGAAAACUACUUAAUUGCCCUCCUUCAGAGAGUAUACCUUUCUAGAACUGAUUCUUUCAUUAAAUUACUCCUCCGUCCUCGCUGCAUCGCGCUCGUACUCCUCUCAAUCGCUGGCGCACGCUCAUGAAUGAUUUGAUUGUACGGUGUAAUUGCAGUUUAGGAAAAGGAAGAGGGAAAAGAAACAGAGACAGAAAAAAAGUAUAGAGAAAUUCGAUAUCGAGUGGGGGAGUGCGGCGGACAGGGGCGGUUCGUUGGUGGCUUUUUCAAAUGGUAUAUGAUGCUUUGCAAUUCAUUGAGAGAUCGACUUCGGCCAUGGCUUCGUGAUUAUGACAGGCUUCAGUCUUUCGCAGUCAUUCUCAUUUAUAUUCAGAUCGGGUGCGCAUUGAUUGGAUCCCUUGGGGCAUUGUACAAUGGUGUUUUGCUUAUAAAUUUGGCGAUCGCAUUGUUCGCUUUGGUAGCGAUAGAGAGCAGCAGUCAGAGUCUUGGUCGUACAUAUGCUGUUCUCCUGUUCUCUGCGAUUUUCCUCGACGUCUUCUGGUUUAUUCUUUUCGCCUAUGACACAUGGAACUUCUCAUCCGAGCAAUAUGGAUCCCUUUUUACCUUUUCAGUGAAGCUUACUCUGGCUAUGCAGAUUAUUGGAUUUUCUGUUAGGUUAUCUUCUUCACUACUGUGGAUUCAAAUUUACAGGCUGGGGAUUUCAUACAUGGAAACUUCAGUUCCCCGAGAGGCAGAUUAUGAUUUGAGAAAUAGUUUUCUUAGCCCGGCUACACCUGUUGUAGUUAGACAACCAUCAGGUUCUGACGAUAUGAUAGGGGGCUCCAUCUAUGAUCCAAGUUAUUACUCGUCUCUAUUUGAUGAUGGUCAAGAUAGUAAAUGUUUGUCUGGGGUAAUGUAUCAAUUUUUUUAUAUCUCCCAUUUCGGUAAUGGUGAUAAUGGUUCUACCUCUGGGCCAGAUGUAUCUCGAUCAAAGCUGUCUAGACAUUUCCAAGUAGCAGAUUCUUUGUAGGAUGAGUAUGCAGAUGGAAAUCAGCUGCAGACGGUUUAGAGCAUUGAGUUAGUGAAUCUGUUGAUUAUUUACUCGUGUUAUUUUGAUGUCACAAAUAUCGUCGUUUACGACUAGCUACUCAGUACUCAGGUGCGGCUGGUUAAUGUAGAUCGAUGUUGUACAGCUUCACAUUACUAGGUAUAAUUCUUUUGUCGAGGAUAAAAUUUUUUCAUCGAAGGAAGUUCCUGGAACGUCCGGCUGUGUUGAGUAAAAGCGAUGCGUUGGCUUUGACGUCUAAAUGGGGAAACAAGUUCAAUAAAAAGAACUGACUUUCACUCUAUUCCCGAAUUCCGUAGAUAAAAGGGUCGGUUAGAUCUUGGAGCGGAAGAAAUCUAUGGCACAAGGAAACACAUUUUUUUAUUAUAAUAUUUUCAAAUUUUGGGGAUAUUGUGGAAAUUAACCUAGCUUAUAAGGUGAACUACAGUUUGUUUUUAUUAUAUUUUAAUAAUGUCUCGUGGAUCUCAUCUGAAUGCGUCUCUUCAAUACUCAUUUUUUUUAAAAGAAAAAUAUUCUUCCAAUAA